GGGUGGUGCCCAAUGUCAACAUAAUUUGCAGCUAGAGGGAGAACAGACUACUGAAAUAACUUGGAAAAUGUCUCUCCAUUGAAGCGUGCCGGUCCAUCACGGGCAUAAUUUGCUGGCUAAUAAGAAGUGUACGCUGCGUGAUAAGAGCAACGCAAGGAUAAGUGCUCACCACAGCCCUGAAGUGAACAGAUAGACCUCCAUUUGAGUCGAGUGGAUUCUCCAGCCAGUAACCAGCCAUCAUGGCGCAGUGGUUACGCCUUCAGCAACUGGACGCCAAGUACCUGGAGCAGUUGGACCAGCUGUACGAUGACACCUUCCCCAUGGCCGUGCGACAGUACCUCAGUGCCUGGAUUGAGAGUCACGACUGGGACUAUGCGGCCAACGUGGACAAUACGUCUCUGGCCACGCUGCGGUUCCAUGACCUGAUGAGCCAGCUGGAUGACCAGUACGGCCGAUUCAGCCUGGAGAAAGACUUCCUACAGCAACACAACAUCAGGAAGAUCAAACGCAACUUACAGGAAAAUUUUGAGGCUGACCCCGUCUGCAUGGCCAUGAUCAUUAGCCGCAGCCUGAGGGAGGAGAGGCAGAUCAUCGCCAACGCAGAGCAGGCAGUGAAAUCAGAGCAGAGCUCCCACUGUGACAUGGUGGUGGAGAAACACAAGGAGCUGGACAACAAAGUCAAAGACAUCAAGAACCGUGUGCAGGAGACUGAAACCAACAUCAAAACCCUGGAAGAUCUGCAAGAUGACUACGACUUCAAGAAGAAAGACUUCUCCUGCCGAGAGGAGGUGAAGGACUCGAUUCAGAAGGAGGACCUGAAACGGCUGCAGCUUCAAAUCCGCAGUCUCUUCAUGAACCUCAACAACAAGCGAAAGGAUGUGUUGAGCCAGAUGGCGGGGGUUUUGAACCUGGCAGAGCAGAUUGGCUACGACCUGAUCAACGUGGAGCUGCCCGAGUGGAGGCAGCGCCAGCAGAUGGCCAGCAUUGGGGGACCGCCCAAUGUCUGCCUCGACCAGCUGCAGAACUGGUUCACAGUGGUGGCUGAGUGUCUUCUACAGGUUCGUCAGCAGCUUAAGAAGCUUCUGGAACUAGAGCAGAAGUGCACGUACGAGCAGGACCCCAUCACUCAGAGCAAGGUGUCCCUGGACGAGAGGACAUUCGCACUCUUCAAAAACCUCAUCCUCCACUCGCUGGUGGUGGAGAGACAGCCGUGCAUGCCCACACACCCCCAGAAACCCAUGGUGCUAAAGACCGGUGUGCAGUUCACAGUCAAGCUCAGGCUGCUGGCCAAACUGCAGGAGUUCAACCACACUGUCAAAGUCAAGGUCUUCCUGGACAAGAGUGUCACAGACAAGAGAAAGGGAUGUCGCAAGUUCAACAUCCUGGGGACCAACAUGAAGGUCAUGAACAUGGAGGAGUCCAAUGGCAUGACAGCAGAGUUUCGCCAUCUGCAACUGAAGGAACAGAAAGUUCAAGGCAGGACCAAUGACGGGCCUCUCAUCGUGACUGAGGAGCUUCACAUCUUCAACUUUGAAGCAGAACUGGUUCAUGGGGGACAAGUCAUCAACCUGGAGACUAGUUCAUUGCCGGUGGUGGUCAUCUCCAAUGUGUGCCAGCUGCCGUGUGGCUGGGCCUCCAUCAUGUGGUACAACAUGCUGACUACUGAAGCCCAGAACCUGGGUUUCUUCCUGAAGCCCCCGUCGGCCACGUGGGGGCAGCUGAUGCGCGUGCUGAGCUGGCAGUUCUCCUCCAUCACCAAGAGGGGACUUAACGACGAGCAGCUAGGCAUGCUGGGAGAGAAACUUUUAGGACCUAAGGCAGCGAAAGACCCGGAGGCAGCCGUGUCCUGGAAUAUGUUCUGCAGGGGUGGCAAUGAUCAGAAAUUCACUUUCUGGCUGUGGAUAGACGGCAUACUGGACCUCACCAAGAGACACCUGCUGAGUCUGUGGAACGACGGGUACAUCAUGGGUUUUGUGAGUAAGGAGCGUUCCAAGGAGUUGCUUAUGAACCGGCAACCCGGAACUUUCCUGCUGCGCUUUAGCGAGAGCAACCGAGACGGAGCCAUCACGUUCAGCUGGGUCGAACACACACCUGCAGUGGAGCCUCACGUGCGCUCGGUGGAGCCCUACACUAAGAAAGAGCUGUCUGCCGUCACGCUGCCAGACAUCAUCCGGAACUACCGCGUCAUGGCCGCGGAGAACAUUCCGGAACACCCCCUCCGCUUCCUCUACCCUGACAUCCCAAAGGACACGGCCUUCAACAAGUACUACAAGCCCAAAGACAAGCCUGCGACCCCAAGUGUUAGGAGCUCAGAUGGCUACAUAGGGACGGAGCUCAUCUUUGUGUCUGAAGUGUCUCCGUCUGAGCUUCAGGACAGCAUCAUGCCCAUGUCACCUGAGGAAUUCGGGGUGCUGGAAAGCAUGGUCCCGGAUCUCCUAAUCAAUGACCCCAAUAUAUACCAGGAUGAAAACGACAACGGCAUGUUAGAGCCAACAUGCUCCAUGGAGUCUUGAAGCAGGAAAUGAGAUGAGGGGAAAAUCACUCCAUCCUUCAAUGCCACACCUCCCUCUCUCUCUCUCCCUCCAUCCCCAAGACUACAGAGAAUGGGAUCCAGGAAUAAGCCAGCCCCUUUGGGCAAAGUAUGAGGUCCACACCGAUAUAUAUAUAUAAAUAUAUAGUCUGGUCUUAACAUACCUUGUAUUAAAUGAUUUCGUACAGAGACCUGGAAUUUCCGAAUUGAGAAACUGUUAGUGAUUGGGUAAAAGGAGACAUUUCAAAAAGAGUCCAUUCCUCCUAUCACUAACAUUUGAAAAUGACAAUGGAAAACAGUUACUAGGAGGAGGGGUAGUACUGCACUGUACUCAGGACAGCUGACAGCCAAACUCAUCAUAAAGGCCCCCCAUCCAACACUUAGAAUGUAAUGGAAAUCAAUUUUGGGCCCCCUCUCUCCCUGGGCCCGAGACAACUGACCCCUGUCAACUUCCCUGACUGGCUUCGUUAUCUGGAGUGUUCCACCAGUCCGUAGGACUCCUCUCUUCGCCACACCGCUGUGAGAUGUUACUGUGAAGUAUCCAUUGCAUAGUUUAUUUACGAAACUGCUGUGUUUCGCCCCUGCUCUACUCAUUUUUAUUAUAUUUUCUCAUCACAGCAAGCAACGGGAAGUUAGUCAAUAAAGCCACAAUCAGAAGUCAGUUUUAAUAUUUUUUAUUAUUAUUUUUAUCUUUAUUUUUUUGUGUUGGUAAGUGAAAUAAAUAUUUUUUUCAAAGUCUGCAACAGCAACACACAUCCAUAAGCACAGUAAGCUAAUGCCUAAAAAGAGAAAAGGAGGUAAGACAGGGAAACAAACUCUUUGAAAUAUUGAUGCCGUACAUUCAGAGAUAAGUGUACCUAGUAGUCAAUUCAAUUCAAUUAUGGUGCAUCACUGUAGCAACGUCAUUUUUAUAGUUUACAGAGUAAACUGUAAAAAGCCCAGGUGAAUAACAUUUUUAUGUAAUGCUAUCAUGAGUAGCUACCAAGGUAGCGUCCGUCCCCCCCCCUGAUAUUUUCCCAGUGUCUCGUUUUUUUUUCUUUCUUUUUUUUUCCGCCUCACCGUGUUGUAAUGUUUCUGACAACUCAUACAUAAUUUUACACACACACACCAACAUACAACCAGUUAGCAGUGUUAAGUUACUUCGUCACACAAUAACGUCAUGACAAUAUCAUUUUUUUCAAGUGGUGUUUUUUUCCCCCUUCCUCAACUAUUUUUUUUGUACAGUUUAAACAAUCAGUGUGCUUGUAUCUCUCAACCUCCCCUCACCGUCCAGUGUGCGCUGUGUAGCCAUCCUGCUCUUAAUACAUUUCAUCUGUUGUGAGGCCAAAUUAAUAUGAAUUAAUCAAGAUGCUUCUUGCCCGGCGCACUUUCAGCUAUGAGCUAUACUGUCCUGUUCAAUCGAUAGCACUUAAUUUUCUACUGCCCUAUACAGCUACAUCUGUCUUCCAGAGCUAAAAUAAAACUCUUUGUUGUAUAUUAGUCAAUGUUUGGUGUUUUUUAUUUCAAUCUUUUGUGUUUUAUUCUUCGCAACAUGUUCUUAAUGCAUUUUGGUUCACUGUUGCUAAACACUUAAAGGACUUCAGUCUUAAUUUUGUCAUUUAAUUAGCCUACUUCCAAUGAGGUCUUAAGUGUGAAUGAUUCUUGCUUAAAGCGCUGAGGUACACAAAUCUGGUUCACCUUUUUUGUGCCCCGGAGUAGUAUUUGAGUUGAGAAUUUAAUUUAAUUUAAUUUUGGGGUUAAUGCAAAGUCAGUGGAAAACCCAAAGAGUCUUGCAGAAUCGUUUCAUAGUAAGAUAAACCUCCUGCACUCCUCUAAAAGAGUUCAGAGCUCUUACUCUGUUGAAGUGAUGAAGCCUGCAUUCUGGAAUACAUCACAAUCAAUACAGCCAGUGUCUAUGCAACAAUUCCGUUUCUAAGUCAGGGACACAUUCUUUUCUUCAGAUUGUCACACUUACCUCAAUAUUCAAUCAAUACCACAACGACAACAAAAAGUGCAAAUAUCUUCAAACAAUCAAUUUCAGUUUGGAGUUAACCAUUUUGCAAAUAAAAAAUAAAAUAAAAGAACGAUCAGAGGAAAGGCAAAGAGAUGCACUAUUUUUUAACUGAUAUUCAUUAUAUGCAAGAGUUCACCUGAAGGAUGACCUUUUUGUUUGUUUGUUUGACAUAGCAGACA